AUGGAAGAGACUAUUGCUCUGCGGCGAGAGUUGUCCGAGUUGCUUGCCAAGGGAGGAUUUGAAUUGCGCAAGUGGACGUCUAACUUGCUUGGUGUGCUUUCCGGUCUGAGUGCUGACCAUAUUGGCACGCAAUCAUCACUACAUUUCGUACCCAAUGAAACAAUCAAGGCGCUUGGCAUCUCGUGGAAGCCCGAAACCGAUGAGCUAUGCUUCGAUUCGAAUGUCGGCAUCGAUGACACCUCUUCAACUAUGCGAUCGAUCUUAUCCAACAUUGCAAAAAUGUACGACCCACUCGGACUGAUCGCACCGAUACUUGUUCGAGCAAAAAUGUUGAUGCAGGAGCUAUGGUUGCUGAAAUCCGGCUGGGACGAACCUGUACCGCAACAAAUCUACAAAAAAUGGAAAGCAAUUCAAGGUGAUUGGCAAGCUUUAGCUGAAUAUAAAACUACUCGCUAUGUACUUUUACCACAUUCAAAGGUAGAAUUUCACACUUUCACCGAUGCCUCCGAAGCUGCCUACGGAGCAUGCACCUACGUACGCUGCGAGACCGCGAAGGGAGAAGUGCAAAUCAGCCUGCUAGCGUCGAAGUCUCGCGUUGCACCUUUGAAGCGCGUCACACUGCCGAGACUGGAACUUAGUGCAGCUGUCCUGGGAGCGCACCUUCACCAUCGCGUCAAGAAUGCAAUGCAGAUUGCUUCUGCCGAAUCCAUCUUCUGGUCCGAUUCAACUGUAACCCUGAAAUGGAUUGCUUCACCACCCAACACUUGGAAGACGUUUGUAGCGAAUCGAGUUGCGGAAGUGCAACAUUUUUCGCAUCCACGGCAAUGGCGGCACGUUCCGGGUACCUGCAACCCUGCUGAUCUGGUCUCCCGAGGCAUGUCCGCAACACACUUCAAGCAAAGCACGCUUUGGAAGUCCGGCCCAGACUGGCUAGCGCAUCCUUCAUCAUCCUGGCCCAGCUCAAACCCGGAACCGGUAGACGAUAUGGACUUAGAAACACGUCAGUUCGAAAAGAAGCACUUGCUUACGUCGGCGGAAUCGCGGACUGGAUCGACCUUGCGCGUCGAGUUGAUGACCGAGGCGGAAUCGGACACCGUGGUAGAAGUUGGGUGGAACUAG